AUGGGGGACACAACCACAGCGACCAUGCCAGAUGCUCCGAGCACCCAGUCCCCUACAUCCCCUACGUUCCCGUCAACUGGUUACAGCAAGCACAUUGUGUUGACCACCUACCCCGGCCAAAGCGGCGUAGAUCCUGUCCCCCUGGUAUGGGGCGCACCCGAUGCCAAAUCCCGCGGUCCGGUCAUCGUCACCCGCGGUGCGGGGAUGCUCAAGCGACGGAACGCCAUGGGCGCCCACGGCGGCAGCUACAGCAUCUACAACGCGCUGGCGAUCGCGGCAGGAGACCUGGACGUGAACUUCCGCCCGGACUUCCGGAAUAGUGAGCCCACGUUCAACUUCCCCUGGCAGCCUUCGUGGGCGGACAAGACGAAGAUCGUCUCCAUGGACCCGUAUGGGCAUGAUGUCGUCGACCAGUUCCGGGAGGAGCUGGAGGCUGGCUGGGAUAUCCGGCCAACGAUGGCUAUUACGCGGGCGAAUAUGAAACUGGCGGAGAUUGGGGAGGCCGUGAAGAAUGGGCAGUUGGAUGUUGAUGGGUCGAUUGUUGUGGAUUCUUCGGGGGAGGUGCGCGUUACUAAGGUCGCGGUUGAGCCGGUCUGGUAUUUGCCUGGUGUUGCGGAGCGGUUUGGGGUUGAUGAGGGGACGCUGCGGCGGACCUUGUUUGAGCAUACGGGUGGCAGCUAUCCGGAGUUGAUCACCCGGCCUGAUUUGAAGGUUUUCCUUCCUCCUAUUGGAGGGUUGACUGUCUACAUCUUUGGCCCGCCGGAGCGUGUGUCUGAUGAGAAUGUGAAGCUGGCGCUGCGGAUUCAUGAUGAAUGUAAUGGAAGUGACGUCUUCCAGUCGGAUAUUUGCACGUGCCGGCCGUAUCUGGCGUUCGGUAUUCGGGAAGCAAUUCGCGAAGCUCAGAACGGGGGCAGCGGGGUUGUUAUAUAUUUCCGGAAGGAAGGCCGUGCUCUGGGUGAAGUGGUGAAGUAUCUUGUGUACAAUGCUCGCAAGCGGGGUGGUGACACGGCCGACAAAUAUUUUACUCGGACAGAGAACAUUGCUGGAGUGCGAGAUAUGCGCUUUCAAGCCCUCAUGCCCGACAUCCUUCAUUGGCUUGGGAUCAAGAAGAUCGACCGCAUGUUGUCCAUGUCGAACAUGAAGCACGACGCCAUCGUCCAGUCGGGAAUCAAGAUCCUCGAGCGCGUGCCGAUCCCGGAGGAAUUGAUACCUAGCGACUCGCGCGUUGAGAUUGAUGCAAAGAUCAAUGCCGGCUACUUCACGACAGGUAAACAGUAUACAAUGGAAGAACUGGCGGCGGUAAGGGGACGCGGCUGGGAGAAAUGGGAGGAUGUCACGCAUUAA